UGGGAGGAGCACGUAGAGGCUGAUCCAGGCUGUCUCUGUGGUUGUCAGAGGCGAGCGGCGUUGACCGAGUUGCUGGUGAAGCUGGAGCGGACGGGAUGUUUCGUCUUAACUCACUCUCUGCAUUGGCAGAACUGGCUGUGGGCUCUCGGUGGUACCAUGGGGCAUCACAGCCCACCCAGACCAAGCGAAGAUUAAUGAUAGUGGCUUUCCUGGGAGCUUCUGCAGUAACUGCAAGUACUGGCCUCUUGUGGAAAAGGGCUCAUGCAGAAUCACCAUCAUGUGUAAACAAUCUAAAGACUGACAUUGGUGAUAAAGGAAAGAAUAAAGAUGAAGGGGAAGUUUGUAACCAAGAAAAAAAGGCUUCAGAUAAUGGUGUUGAGCCAUAUUCAGAAGAGAAAAAGAAGAAACGUUCUGGAUUCAGAGACAGAAAAGUGAUGGAAUAUGAGAAUAGGAUUCGAGCCUAUUCCACACCAGACAAAAUCUUCCGAUACUUUGCUACCUUGAAAGUAAUCAAUGAGCCUGGUGAAACAGAAGUGUUUAUGACGCCACAAGAUUUUGUGCGAUCUAUAACACCCAAUGAAAAACAACCAGAACACUUGGGGUUGGAUCAAUACAUAGUAAAACGCUUUGAUGGGAAGAAAAUUUCCCAGGAACGAGAAAAGUUUGCUGAUGAAGACAGUAUAUUUUACACCCUUGGAGAGUGUGGGCUCAUAUCUUUUUCAGACUACAUUUUCCUUACAACAGUUCUUUCCACUCCUCAAAGAAAUUUUGAAAUUGCCUUCAAGAUGUUUGACUUGAAUGGAGAUGGAGAAGUAGACAUGGAGGAGUUUGAACAGGUUCAGAGCAUUAUUCGUUCCCAGACCAGUAUGGGUAUGCGCCACCGAGAUCGCCCUACUACUGGUAAUACCCUGAAGUCUGGCUUGUGUUCAGCCCUUACAACCUACUUUUUUGGAGCCGAUCUCAAGGGGAAAUUGACCAUCAAAAACUUCCUUGAAUUUCAGCGUAAACUUCAGCAUGACGUUCUGAAGCUAGAGGGUCUGACAUUUCAGGAGGUAGAGAACUUCUUUACUUUCCUAAAGAAUAUUAAUGAUGUGGACACUGCCCUGAGCUUUUACCAUAUGGCUGGAGCAUCUCUUGACAAAGUGACCAUGCAGCAGGUGGCCAGGACCGUAGCUAAAGUGGAACUCUCAGACCAUGUGUGUGAUGUGGUGUUUGCGCUCUUUGACUGUGACGGCAAUGGAGAGCUGAGCAAUAAGGAAUUUGUUUCCAUCAUGAAGCAACGGCUGAUGAGAGGUCUAGAGAAGCCCAAAGACAUGGGCUUCACCCGCCUCAUGCAGGCCAUGUGGAAAUGUGCACAGGAAACUGCCUGGGACUUUGCUUUGCCCAAAUAGUAACCCAAAACUUCAAAAGGGUGCCAUCUCUUGCACCCCAAAGACCCCGGAUCCUCCAGAGCAGCCUCUGUAUAGCCCUUUGUGCUGCUGCUUUGAGGAUUAGUGCUCCCUGCUUCCUGAGAAUGACCUCAGGGUUCCACUACCUUCCCCUCUUCCCACUUUCCCUGUCCCAGAGCUCUGCUAGGCCCCUUCACCACCCUAAGGAAUCUUCCACACACCUGCCAGCCCUGGGAAACAGCCAGUUCUCAAAUCAUUUCUGCCAUGGGUUUAGAUGAACAAGAACAUCCCUUGUUCUUCCUCCUGCUACUGUUUUUAAGUGGCAAGUUGGGAAAAUCAAGUCAGACAAGAAGUGAUGAAUGAUAAUGAAGAUGACCCCAGCAUCCUGAGUUGGCAGGAAGCCUGGCCUGAAAAAGAAUCUGUGUCAAACACAGGGCAGCUCUAAUAUUCCCAGAAGGCCUUGUGCUCAAUGGGAGCAGAGUAGAAAUCCAAAUUUAAGUAGCUGCUUCAUGACCCUCUCCACUCCCUUCUUUUCCUCAAAGGCACCCCAAGAUGCCUCCAUCCGGACUGUUAAUUAGAGCCAUGGCUGAGCUGUGGUUCCCUGCAGGUGCCGUCUCCCCUGCCAUGGCCUCCGCAGUGGAGGCCUGCCUCGGCCUGUCUGCCCUCUGUCCUAAACACUCAUAAAGUAUUACUUUAAUUAUAACAGUUUUCAGUAAACCC